AUGUCACAAGGAAAUAAAGGUUCCAUGUUACCAUGUACUAGAGACUAUACCAUUAAUUUAAGUAAAAUGGUUCACAAGACUUCUUUCAAAAAGAGGGCACCGAAAGCUAUCAAGGGCAUCCGCGAAUUUGCAGGCAAGGUCAUGAAGACCGAAGAUGUUAGAAUUGAUGCAAAACUCAACAAAUUCAUUUUCAGCAAGGGUAUUAGAAACCUACCUACACGUGUACGUGUAAGAAUUUCUAGAAAGCGCAGUGAAUCGGAAGACUCUAAAGAUUCGUUGUACACUCUCGUACAGUAUAUUCCUGUCGCUACAUUUGCAGGUUUACAAACAGAAAAGGUCCAGGAUUAA